ACAAUGCACCGCACAAUGGCCCGGCCGCCGCCACUACCGGGGCCUGAGCGGGCCUGGCGGAGCCCGAGCGCGGCCCGGCCCGCAGCGCGGGGCCCCGAGCGCGGUGAAGAGAUCGUUUUCUGAAAGCUGUGUUGAAGGCGGCAACGGAGCAGAAGGCUCAUGCAGAGCGAAUGGGGAGGCUUUCUGAAUAAGAUGGCUCUUCGCCAUUAGCCCUGCCAUGACCACAUUUUUCACCAGCGUCCCCCCCUGGAUUCAAGAUGCAAAGCAGGAGGAGGAAGUGGGCUGGAAACUAGUUCCCAGGCCUCGGGGCCGGGAGGCAGAGAGUCAAGUGAAGUGCCAAUGUGAAAUCUCGGGGCCGCCCUUCUCCAGUGGGGAGAAGCUGAGGCCUCACAGCUUCCCGCACAUCGAGCAGAGACCAUAUAGUUGCCCUCAGCUGCACUGUGGCAAGGCUUUUGCCUCCAAGUACAAGCUGUACAGGCACAUGGCCACCCAUUCAGCCCAGAAACCCCACCAGUGCAUGUACUGUGAUAAGAUGUUUCAUCGCAAGGACCAUCUGCGGAAUCACCUGCAGACCCACGACCCCAACAAAGAGGCCCUCCACUGUUCUGAGUGUGGUAAGAAUUACAAUACCAAGCUGGGUUACCGGCGCCAUCUGGCCAUGCAUGCUGCCAGCAGUGGUGACCUCAGCUGCAAAGUGUGCCUGCAGACGUUUGAGAGCACCCAGGCUCUGCUGGAGCACCUGAAGGCCCACUCCCGCCGGGUCGCAGGCGGUGCCAAGGAGAAGAAGCACCCCUGCGACCACUGCGACCGGCGCUUCUACACCCGGAAGGAUGUGCGGCGGCACCUGGUGGUACACACAGGCCGCAAGGACUUCCUGUGCCAGUACUGUGCCCAGCGAUUUGGGCGCAAGGACCACCUGACACGUCACGUCAAGAAGAGCCACUCACAGGAGCUGCUCAAGAUCAAGACCGAGCCUGUGGACAUGCUGGGCCUGCUCAGCUGCAGCUCCACAGUCAACGUGAAGGAGGAGCUGAGCCCCGUGCUGUGCAUGGCCUCGCGGGACGUGAUGGGGGCCAAGGCCUUCCCAGGCAUGUUGCCCAUGGGCAUGUAUGGCGCCCACAUCCCUACCAUGCCCAGCACGGGCGUGCCACACUCCCUGGUACACAACACGCUGCCCAUGGGCAUGAGCUACCCUCUGGAGUCCUCACCUAUCUCCUCCCCAGCUCAGCUCCCUCCGAAAUACCAGCUUGGAUCUACCUCAUACUUGCCCGACAAAUUGCCCAAAGUGGAGGUGGACAGUUUUCUGGCAGAGCUCCCCGGAAGCCUGUCUCUCCCGUCGGCUGAGCCCCAGCCUGCCUCCCCUCAGCCGGCAGCGGCGGCGGCCCUCCUCGAUGAAGCACUGCUCGCCAAGAGCCCCGCCAACCUCUCCGAGGCCCUGUGCGCUGCUAAUAUGGACUUCUCCCACCUCCUGGGCUUUCUGCCCCUCAACCUGCCCCCGUGCAACCCUCCCGGGGCCACAGGAGGCCUGGUCAUGGGCUACUCCCAGGCCGAAGCACAGCCCCUGCUCACCACUCUGCAAGCUCAGCCUCCCGAGUCCCCGGGAGCCGGGGGACCCCUGAACUUUGGGCCUCUGCACUCCUUGCCACCCGUCUUCACCUCGGGCCUGAGUACCACCACCCUGCCUCGGUUCCACCAAGCAUUCCAGUAGCCCCCACGGAGGCCCUCCGCUCAUGUCAGGGAGCUCUAGGACCCGCCCCGUCCACGUCCCCCCAAGAAGGCAGCUUAGCUUUCAGAGCUGAGUUCAAAAAGAAAAAAAAAAAUUCCAGUGUCUAUACGGAGCACUUGGGCUGGGCGUUCAGGCUCCAGGAUCAGUUCCAGGAGGAGCCCUGAAGCCUGGCCCCGUGAGAAGAUCUCAUAUACCAUUGGACUUCAGGUAUCUUUGUUUUGUUUUGUUUUUGUUUUGAAAUCUUGAUCUGAAUCGGGAGCCACAUUCAGCCCUCUCCUUCUCAGAACCUCCUUCUCUUUGGAGAAGGGGUGGCCUCUUGGAGACACAGAGGGUCUCACCUUGGAUGACCUCAAGAGAAAAAGCCCAGGAAGCCCGCCGUCUGGUCCCGACCUGCAGACCUCUCGGCAGUUCAGUCGGUCAGGCCCCGCUGCGGAAGGUCCCCGGGGCCCAUCACCUGCUCGCAGCCCUCAGGUAGGAGAGGGGUCCUCUCUCUCCUUGCCGACCACCCCACCCCUACCGCACCAACACCUCUGUUUUCAGUCAGUGUUGUCCAGCAACGGUACCGUUUACACAGUCACCUCAGACACAUCAUUUCACCUCCUUUGCCAUGCUGUUAGCCUUAGAACGAUUGCAGUGAACACUGUUUACACACCGCGAAUCCAUUCCCACCAGUCCAUUCCAGUUGGCACCAGCCUGAACCAUUUGGUACCUGGUGUGAACUGGAGCCCUGUUUACAAGGCGGAGUCGGGUCUUUUGCUGACUUCUCUUCACUUGAGGUCACGUUUUUCCCCCGUGGGGAAAUAAACUGACUUUGGACUGCUUCAGUCUCUGCCGUCUUCCAUGACCGCGUCUGGUCCUGCCUCCCUCGGCGGUGUCCACUGGAGACAGGCACGAAGACUGGAGCGCUUUUUCUCACAGGUCUGCAAUUGUGUUUUUCUCCAAGUACAUCAUGACCCCCUUCGCCCUCCUUUUGAACUGGAGAGGGGAAGACAUGAAAGACAUGCCCCCACCCCUCACCUCCCUUGGUCCUUCAGCCCCACUCCAAGCACCCUGAGCUGUUGCUAUCCUCAGUCCUGGGAGGAGGGCCUCGGGGGUUCUAGGCCGGUGUGGAUUGCAGAGGCUGGGAGUCCCUCAUUUGUUGCCCUCCUGCGCUUCACCAGGAAGUCAUGGAAUUUUUAGGAGAAUGAGUUUUUAGAAAGUUAGAGGUGGGCAGAGUUGAGUCCCAGUCCGUGUCUCCUGUUUGGAUGUUUUUCUUACUCACCGUUGGAAGCCACCGUGUGCAGACGUCUCCGUUCUCCAACAAGGAACGUGCACCGCCUUCCUGCCUUUCCCCUCACUUAGGCCCCUAGAACCCAGCAGGGUUUCUUGGAACAAAUGAUGAGUUCUCUGCCGCCUUGCAGGGCUCCGUGCCACACACAGCACAGCCCUCGCCUGGAACCCAGCCGGAUCCCAUCCCUGCUUCUUUGCAGCUCUGCAUGGGUCCUACCCACCCCUGGAAGGGAGGCAGCUCAGGGAGCACUGUUGUGGGACCCCCUUGGGAUGCCUCCACUCUGAUUCAGAAACACACUUCUACCUCUUCACUGUUAACUCCUACAGUUGCAGCUGGCAGUUUCAGGGCACCUGUGUUGGUGGUGCCUCUGCUGGCUUCUCCACUCGAGUUUCAGGACAAACUACCAAGGAACUGCCUCAUACUCCCAAUAGUUCCCUCUGAGCCCCGGCCCCUACCUUCUGGUUAUAUCGUCAGGCACCGAGCAGGUCUGAGACCCAGGCUUCUUGCUGCAGCCCAGGCUAGCACACUUUGUUUAAGGUGAAAGCCUUGAAGUUCAGCUCCAUGGCCCUUGAUUGGCAGCUAGCUGGAGCGAACAAGCAUGUGUUGAUUUAGGCAAGGUAGCUUGGGAUACCUUUUGCAAAAGAAAACCAGAUAUAAAAAUAUCUGGCAGAGUUCGAAUCAGUCUAGAUGAUUUGCUUCUAAAAAUUAGUUUCAGUUGAGUCCCAGGGACUAAAUUAAGGUUUAUUUUCAAAAGCGCCUACUUGGGUACUCAGCCACCUCCUGCAUGCUGUGCAUGUUGUCUAUGUUGUUGGGACUUCUGGUAGAGGAAACGCGAUGUGAGAAUUGGCGUGGGGUUCACUGCAGCCAUUCUGUGCUGGCCUGCAUGCAGGCCCUCCACCCGCCCUCUCCUGGCCGCCUCCCUGACCCUUGGCCUGCAGAGGGAAGCGGGCUGUUGGAGGAACCCAGUCCCCUCUGCCUGCCCUUUGCUGUCCUUUCCCUGGAGUCUCCCUGCUAACUUUCCUGAUGUUGGGAAACUCAGGAUGGACAAAGCAGCUAUUUAAGAGCUUGUAACUGGGCCUGGCCCCUGCCUACUGGCUUCUUGUCUUCUCCCUUCCCGCUCUCUUUCUUCUCUGUGCCCUCACGACCCACAAGGCAUUCUCCUUGCCACUGUGAACCUUGCAGGUGCAGAGGAAUAUUAUCUGCCUUUAUCUUUUCUUGCUUUUCUCUUUUUCUUUUUUUUUUUUUUUGACUCUAGCUACCCAGCUGUUUUUUUAAACCUUCCCAAAAUUAUAUUAAAAAAAAAAAAAAAAACUUUCUGGCCUGAUUGUUUAGAGGUUAAGAAAAGCUCUGUCCUACCUACACUCAGUCCCCAGACUUCAGUCCUUUGGUACCCUUCCUAAGGACAUGGGCACUUGUCCAGGACAGGAGCUGUGGUGUGUGGCACAGAGACCAAUCAGGGACCAGGAGAAAAGGAGUGAUGUUCCCUUCCCCCAUGAUCUCCUUCAGCUGGCAUCAGUGAUGAGCUGGCCUCAACAGGGACAGGCGCUUCCCUCCCUGCGCCGUGUGGCUGGUCAGGGCCCAGGAUGCCCCUGGGAGUCAGUGCUGCCAGGCCUAGGUGGCAGUGCCAAGGAAUGCUGUGCUGCCUGACAGACAGGAGGCAGGGAAAGGAGGACCGCUGAGUUUCUCACACAUACCCCCAAUCUUCGCAAGUGGCAUUUUGUUCAUGGAAAUCCGGGAAGCAGGUGUGAUGAUGUUUUUGCUCGUAGAUAUUGUCCUAAGCUGAAAUCCACCCCCUGCACCCUAAAACUUUGCCUAAUAGUCCUUGCAAUUCCCCCAUCCCUUUUGAUAGCUCUUGUUAUCCACCCCCCACUUUACCUUCCUUAUUAUCUAGGAGCUGUUUUUAAGCACGAUUUUUUUUUAAACAGGUUAUAUUGUACAGGAUCAAUACUUUGCUUUUUAACAAGGAUAUUUAUGUAAUAAGAAACUUUGCCUUAGGCAGGUGUUGGCCAGAAAAGUCCAGAUUCUUCUGGAACCCUCCCCUGGCCUCUCCUGGAUCUCUGAACCUGCUGUGGAAGGAAUUGGCUGUAACCUUGACCACUGGAGAGGAGGGUCUGGCAAGGGAGAGGGGUGCUCGCCAAGAUCACCUAGUGCCCCUGGAGGGUCUUGGGAGAUCCCGUCCAGCCUCAGGUGGUGUGUGCCGAGCUGCUGGAGGCCCCCUCGGCACUAGAAUGCCCCAGUAACACUUCCUCCUGCUCUUCCCUCCCUCCCAGUGGUCAAGGCCAUGGGGCCACUCUUUCGUAA